AUGAGCACUCCGCGCGCCGGUAGGAGACGGAGAUCACGCGCGCGCAGUCAGCCACCCCAGCCCAAGUCCGUUGCGUUCGACCUGCAUCCUGAAACUGCCCGGCCCAUGGAUCCGGGCUAUGAAUCCGACGACAGCGACUCGACCAUCGAUUCACUCAGUGGGAGAAGCCAUGUUCAUCGUCGUCCUUCUCAACGUCGCCAUUCUUCAUCUGCACCUCAUUCUUCACGACCUAGACCUAGCGAGGGCCAUGAUUUCCGGCAUGCACAUGGAUACAGACCCGCAGACAUUUAUACCCAUGACCACAGCCGUAGCCAUAUUCACAGCCACAAACACUAUGUUGCCCCGGAAGACGAGAAAAAGACCCAUAGCCCCGAAAACGACUCUGACGCGACCAUUGACCUCCCCGAUCGCUUCGACUCUCACGGACGACUCCUGCCUCAGCGCGGAGACAACCCGUUAGCGGAUCGAUUCGAGGAUCUUCUGAAACGGUUCGGUGAUAAGGUUUAUGCUUGA